CUAGCUAUUCGGAUGUUUAAACUUUGAAGGACUGAGUUUUAGUAGUGUCUAGCCUUUCUGUUAUCAAUAGUGGAAGUUACAGCUUAGACAAGUUAUUCCGCUUUUGAAUUGUUUAGUUGAAGCGAAAGGUGCCUAAGAUCUUACUGCAGCACGUUUAGAUGACUGAAUGUGACACCAGACACGAUGAAUCGGAAGGGUUCCAUAGACAGGGCAGUGUGUCCAGCCAACAAGACCUGGUUCAGUGGGAAAAUGCCUCCGUUGAAACAUGCACUGUGAUCAGCUUGCUCGGCUAUGGUCUGGAGAUCAUACAUGUUCGGAGAGACGCAUACAGGGAGCACUGCAGGCUGAGGACUGCACGGGCAAAUGGAACAAUAACGACUAUUAUUACGGGUAGCAAGGCUGGGGGGGGGGAGCUGACCCGCUUCCUUGAAAGUGAUAUAGACAUCAUGUUUGUACGCAAUAAUUUCGUUUGUUUAGAAGAUUGUGUUAGUGCUGAUAAAUUUCCUAGAGAGAUAACCGUGUUUAGAUCAUACAGUCGUAUGAGUUACCCUGGGCACUGUAGACUGCUACUAGAAAGACGCGGUACAACGACUGACUGGAACGUAACCGAUGCGUUGUGUGAUGAUGGGCAUGGUCACGAACUCCUGAGCAGUGACUUAUUUUUACAUAACUGUAGGAAAUGUAAAUUCAUGAAAGGCAUAGUGCAGCAUGAUCGCUCGGGGCCGUCAAUGCCUAAUACAUUGUCCGUUACAUUACACACCGACAUAGUAGAUGCAUUUCUUUAUCACUGCCCCAGCAUCCUGUCUAAAUGGGCCGCAAGACCUCGCCACUGGCCGCUACCGGAUGUCGUUCAGCAGGUUGUAUCACUUGGGGCAUUUCUUACGCCUGUUGGAUUUAAAGGUAGUGAAUAUCAACAUGUUGAAUGGAGAGUUUGUUUCAACGCCGGUGAGAUCGAACUAGUAAACAAUCUUACUGAAACUCACAUUAAAUUGUAUUUUCUAUUAAAAAGGGUCAAAAACGAUGUUUUAAAUCCACAUAAGAAAGAAGUUUCAUCUUACACGUUGAAAAACAUUGUUUUAUGGAUAGCGGAAAAUAAUCAUCAGUCUUUGUUUCAUGAAAGAAAUCUGUUGCACUGGUUGCAUGUAGCAUUGGAUGCGCUACGAGUUGCGUUGGACACCCGAGAGUUGCCGAACUACAUGAUUCCAGAUAGAAAUCUGAUGGCAGCGUCUGAACUGGAUGGGGAACAGCAAAGUUCAUGGAUAUCAACGAUUACAGAAAUGAUUAAUGAAGGACCUAGGAUGAUACUAAGACUUCCGAAGAUACGACAAGCCCUUAUCGCUCAUCCUGAACCAUUUCGAUGGUACAUCAGGAGGAUAUUGGAGCUGGAAUUGCUGAUGCUCAUGAAUAAUAACAGAAUGAUCCUCUGCGGGGAUGAGAGCGGGAAGGUUGACGAGACAGAUGCGAUUCUGCAGGCAUUAUUCAGAGUACAAGAGGUUUGCUUGAGGAUGAGAAUGGGAGGGAGUCGAGUUAUCAACGCGGAUGCCAUUUCUGAUAGAAUUAUGAUGUAAAACGUUAACGACGAUGAAUUGAUCAUAAACGAGGAACGGAAAACACUUAUUCAUAAAUUUUGAGUACAUUUAAUCUUUGAAGUAUCGAUGAGUUUUGUUUAAAAUAACGUGAUAAUUCAACGAUUAUCGCAAAAGUGAUUUCUUCAGUAAUUGAUGUUUGACUUGCAGACGUACGUUUCACAUUUUAAAAAUGUGAACUGUUUUACAGAUGCUUUGUUUACAGACGGCUGUAACCUUGACAACAACAAUACUUUUGAUAUACUUUGUUUACAAACGGCUGUAACCUUGACCACAACAAUACUUUUGAUAUACUUUGUUUACAGACGGCUGUAAUAUUGACCACAACAAUACUUUUGAUAUACAUUGUUUACAUACGGCUGUAACCUUGACCACAACACUACUUUUGAUAUACUUUGUUUACAGACGGCUGUAACCUUGACCACAACAAUACUUUUGAUAUACACUAUAAAAUCAAUUUCAAUCUUCUAGCUAAUCAUAGUUUGUAAUAUAACGUUGUUGCUACAUUUUAUAUGAUCGUACACUAAUAUGCAUGUAUUACCUUUGGAAACUAGCGGUAUCAUAUCAGUGUUUGCAAAUGAAUCUAUUUAAAACUGAUAUUAUUUACUAGCAUUCUGUCUAUUUAUGUAGUUAUGCGACUUGUGUUUAUUUGAGUAUGCGUGUUAGGAAAUAAAUUGUUUUUUUAUUAGUCGUAUUUCCGUCUUUCGAGCUUCAUUUGCACUUGUUUUUGGUUGGUAUUGUUUACGCAUUUGUACUUAUUCAAUUUAUGUGUUGCUGGUAGUUCACUUGUAAUGUUCUUAUCGCAGUAAUCGCAGUACAUGUAAAGAUAGCAUUCUCGUUUUUCUCGUUGAUAAUAAACAGCUAUUGUGAUCGGCAAUAUUCUGGACAGCGUAUUGAACACAUUAAUGACGCAGUUAUCGUUAAAAAUAUUGAUAUCUGUGUUCAUUCCUACCUCUUCAAUGUCUUCAAAAACGCAAUUGUUGCAUCCAUAUAUAAGAAACAUAGUGUCGUUGUUAUUUGCAAAUCGAGUAAAUUACUUCUCAUGUGAAUUUAUUAUUGCUCGCGGUUUUAGCAGAAUAAGUUAACGUAAACUUUUAAUAAACACGGAGAAACUGAUCUCAUCAAAUUGCAUAUAUUGUAUUUUACCCAAAGAUACGUUGAUAUAGAUAAUCUAGUAAUACUGUUACACUCGUUUUUGCUCUAAGCGUAUGCAUGCUUGUGUUAAUUUUAUAGCGUGAUUACCGUAUUGCUUAAGUAAUGUUUUUUUUUUGUUAUUUACCCAUUUAUUCUGUUGGCUUCCUAUUGCAUUUAUAUAAAAUGGCAAGUUUUAAGCAACGUUUUCCAUGAACUCGCAAUAGGUUUAAUGCUAAACAAAUUAUAUUUCAGAAGAUGAAUUUAUACGUUUUGUUUAAAUGUCGCUUUGAUAUAA